AUGAGUUCGACCACGAAAAGCUAUUGGGCCCAAUGGGACAGCUUGCUGAUUCAGGAUGGAGUCCUGUGCCGUAAAUGGGAAAAUGGUCGGGGAGACAGUUGUCAUUUGCAAAUGGUUGUCCCUAAGGCUAAAGUACCGGAUGUUCUACAGCUGUACCAUAGUGGUUGUUCAGGAGGCCACCUGGGAGUUAAACGAACUCUACUGAAGAUCCGAGAACGGUUUUACUGGGUCCACUGUCGUGACGAUGUCGAGGACUGGUGCCGCAAAUGUAAAAGUUGCGCGGCUGUAAAGGGACCUCAAAUUCGUAGUAGAGGCGCAUUAAAAUUGUACAAUGUUGGUGCACCAUGGGAGAGGAUAGCCAUUGACGUUGCGGGGCCGUUUCCGGAAAGUGAAAGUGGUAACAAGUAUUUCAUGGUUGUGAUGGAUUACUUCACUAAGUGGCCAGAAGUCUUCGCCAUUCCAAAUCAAGAAGCUUCAACAGUUGCAGAUAAACUAGUUCAUGAAGUCUUCUGUCGUUUUGGAGUACCCUUAGAGAUUCACAGCGAUCAAGGAAGGAAUUUUGAGUCUCAAAUAUUCCAGGAAACUUGCAGAGUUAUGGGUACUCAUAAAACACGAACAACUUCUUACCACCCACAAUCUGAUGGAAUGGUAGAACGAUUUAAUCAGACAUUGGAAAGGUACCUGGCAAAAGUUGUGGAAAAACGGCAACGAGACUGGGACAGGCACAUACAACCGUUUUUGUUGUCAUAUCGAAGCGCUGAUCACGAAAGUACGCCAGCUUUCGCAAACUUUGGGAGAGAAUUACGGCUGCCUGCAGACCUGAUCACCGGAAUACCACCUGAUGCCCCACGCAGUAUAACCGAUUAUGCAAAUGACUUGCGGAACAAAAUGAAUGACAUUUAUGAGCACGUCAGACAGACGGGCCAGCAAACGUCUGAGAAGAUGAAAAUCGGUAUGACCGCAAAAUGA